CAUUCUUUUUCACUCUCAAGCUUUAACUAUUAAUGGCUGAAGUAAGUUCUUUUGCAUCCAAAUUUCAGUGUUCUGAUGUUGAUGAUGCUGAUCCUUACUCAGCCUGCGAUGAUGAAAUACCCACCGUUGAUUACUCUCUUCUCUUCUCUAACAACCCUAAUCAGCAACUGCAUGCUCUUCAAUGCCUCCGCCAUGCAUGUCUAGAAUAUGGCUUCUUCUAUUUGGUAAAUCAUAGCAUCCCAGAUGAAGUACAUGAGAAUAUGUUAAAGGGAAUAUCUGAUUUCUUCAACGAAACAACAUUGGAUGAAAGAAAGAUAUACAGCAAAAAAAGUCCAUCGGAUAAAAUGAGAUGGGAACUAAACUCGUACAGUGGAGAAAAUAGGGAAUAUUUGAAGGUUGUUGCUCAUCCUCAAUAUCAUUUUCCUUCCAAGCCAUCUGGUUUCAGCAAAACUUUAGAAGAAUAUGGCAAGGCCAUGAGAAGGGUUGAAAUUGGAUUGGCUAGGGCAGUGUCUAAAACCUUAGGGUUUGAAGAACAGUUCAUAGAAAAGGAAUUGGAACUGAAGUCAGGUUUUGAUGUAAUGGCAAUGAACCUUUAUCCACCCAAUGCCAAAUCCAACGGAGCUGUUGGCUUGUCUGAACACACUGACCCUGGCUUCAUAAUUUCACUUAUUCAAGAUAUUAAUGGUGGUCUCCAAAUUCUUUCCCACAAAGGAAACUGGAUCAAUGCUUAUAUUCCCCAUCACGCCAUUCUCAUCCAGCUUGGUGAUCAACUUGAGAUCUUGACCAACGGAAUGUAUAAGAGUCACAUCCAUCGAGUUAUUGUUGGCAACAAUAAGGUGCAAAGGAUCUCUGUGGUUGGCAUUCAUGGACCUUCAUUGGACAAAUUAAUCAGCCCUAGCACACAGUUUGUAGAUGAAGAACAUCCAAAGAAAUAUCGUGAGAUGACUUUUAAAGAAUCACUGGUAGUGAAUGGGGAUGAUGAGAUUGAUGUUCAGUCAUCACUUGAGAAAGCAAGAUUAGUGUGAAAUUUGUAUUUAAUUAGUGUACCUUUUCACACACCAAACUGUGAAACAUACAUACGUAUAUCAUCGUUAUAUCGUGCUUUACUUAAUAUGUUAUAAUAAGGUGUGGAUAAUUUAGGGCUUCUCGUUUGUAUUAUAUAUUUAUCAUGUUCAUAUAUGUCUCCAUUGUGCUAUC